AUGACUCGCUGCCGAGAUACCCCUGCUCCGCUAGACAGCCCUACGCGGCAACUAAUUUUGGAGCUUGCACAGGACCUUGCUCAGGUCAGCCUCUUCAAUGAUGACUUGCGCAGAGUCCAUGAAUAUGAGCGCAAAAUCUACUAUGAAGAGCUCGACCGAAUCGACCGGGAACGCGAGGCUGUGCACACGGCAGCCCUCGAUGAAGUUGCGGCGUUCCACGACCGGGUACGCGAGCAGGCCGAGGCAACUCUGGAAGCACACAUCCGUGCGGAAGAGGAAGCACGCCUCCAGGCAGAAGAGGCUGCCCGGAAGGAGAAGGAACGCCUUGAUCGCCUGGAACGAGAAAAGGCCGAAAAGCUCCGACGCCAGCAAGAAGAAGCUGCCCGGCUAGCAACUGAACAAAAGGCCAAGGCAGAGGCUGCGAAGAAGGCCGCGGAUGAGGCAGAGCGGGCUCGGAAAGCUGCGCAGGAGGAAAAAGAGCGCCGACAACGCGAGGAAAAGGAGCGUGCGGAGGCGGAAAAGCGACAAAAGGAGGAAGAGGCCAAAAAGGCGCAGCAGGCAGCUGAAGAACAGGCGAAUCUCCAGGCUCAGACCAAGAUUGGUGCGCGCGGUCUUACAGCGGAAGAGGCAUGCAUUCAAGACCGUUAUGUUGAGCUUCACCAAACUCUCAAGCAAAUGCGGGAGUGGCUCCGCGGCAUCGGCAAGGAGAACCCUGCUCUAAAGCAGGCCAUGGGUGAUAUGCGCCGUUCGAUCAAGAAAUGCGUUGGACAGCUCCGCGAUGGCAAGGGCGCCAACAAGUCCCAGACCGCGCAAAUCAAGGCCGAGCUCGAGAAGGCUCUCCAGAUCCCCGAACCGGCAAUCGACAUUCGCGGCUUCAUCGCCUUUCCCCCUCCCGAAGUGGCACAGGCAGAACACAAAGUGCCUGCAAUGUUGAUCUACGCCCUCAACAUGCUCGCCAAGGCCCUUGUGUCGGCAUUGAUCACUGAAGCCUCCAUCAACCCCGAUCAUGCGGAACCCAUCGGCAUUGUCGCUGCCCAAAUCUUCUCCAUGGACAGCUUCAUGUUCCAGGGCAUUCCGAUGAGUGACAUCUUGCUCGCCAAGUACCGCGUGGUCUGCCCUGCGCUCUGGGGCUCCACUGGCGAUGACAAGACCGAGUCGGGACGGCAGGCUUUGGGCUGGUGGCGUGAAGAAGCUGGGGGACCCUUCGUAAGCGAGCAAGCCCACAUGGACCGCAUGACGGCCUUGGGUGCUGGCUAUGCGGCUCUCACGCUGCGCAACUUCGGCAAGACCCAGCGACGCAACCCCUUCCCGAACACAAUGUUCUGGUCGUCGCUGCAAAAGAUCCUUUCGAUCCCACCCACCCAGCUGCGUGACACCCAAAUUGCACUUCUCUAUGCCAUGCUGCGGGCAUCCAGUGAGCGCAUUCUUGGCUUUUUCGGUCAAUUCGGGUUGGCCUUGAUGCGCCGAGCGAUUGUUGAGCUGCCGGCUGCUCUGCCACAGCAAACAAUGAUUGUCAAUCAGCUCACACUUCUGAGGGAGACAUAUGCGCGGGACAGAAACCUGCUUCUCUAG